AUGACAAACAGCAUCAAAAGCAAUAACAGCUAUACCAAAGAAACCCACAAUAUCAAAAACAUCCGAAUCGUCCAUCAUCCAGAAACUGUGCCUAUCCACAUAAAAUAUGCCAAUGAUACCAAUGUGCCUUUCCAUGAUUAUUUAGCACAAACAUGUCCUUCACUGUUUGGACCCAGGGCUCAUUAUACCCCAACUCCUUACUUGAGAUCGAAACAUUUACAAACUAUUUAUGCGUCCUUGUAUGAUGACAAGACGACCAGAAAUGAUAUUACCUAUCAGAGACAGAUAUUGGAGUUUGCCAAUGGUGGUGUUGCCUCGCUGGAUUGGGCUGUUCCAUUGACGCCUCUACCAGAGGAUACACCCACACUCGUUAUCUUGCAUGGCCUCACUGGUGGUAGCCAUGAAAAUUACAUUCGUGGGUUACUCCAAAUCCUUGCCAGACCACCCAUCAAUUACAGAGCAGUCGUCUACAAUGCUCGAGGAUGUGGAUUCACCAACGUCAAUACGCCUCAACUAUUCAAUGCCUCCAUCACAGAUGAUAUCAGAGAAGCUCUCCGCCAUAUUCAGAAGCAAGUGGGUGAAAAGACGCCCUUAAUUGGCAUCGGAUUCUCUUUGGGCUCCAAUAUUCUUGUCAAGUAUCUUGGCGAGGAAAAGGAAAAGACACCCUUGCUGGCUGCUGUCUCUGUCGCGAACCCCUAUGAUUUACUGAGUUCCGGAAAAGUGCUGGAUCAAGGUUAUUUCACUCGCAAUGUCUAUUCUCACCGCAUGGCCAACAAUCUGAAAAACAUCUUUUUGAGAAACAAAGACAUUAUGCUGACACGUAAGGAUAUCGACAUUGACGAGGUAUUGGCUGCCAAAACAAUCCGAGAAUACGACGAUGCCUGUACAAAGAAGAUGUCUAAUUACACUACAGUCAAUAACUACUAUCGCGAUGGUAGCUGUGCACGUGUCAUUGAACAUGUUCGUAUUCCAUUGCUCUGUAUCAAUGCCUUGGAUGAUCCCAUCGCAUUGGCUCAAUGCAUUCCAGUGGAUGAAAUCAAGGUGAAUCCUUAUAUUGUCUUGGCUGCUACAAAAUACGGCGGCCAUUUAGGUUGGUUUGAACAUUCCUAUAGACCGAGCAGAUGGGUGGAUAAACCAAUCUCUGAAUUUGUGGUUGCCAUGUUCCAGGCUAACGAUGCUCGUAAAGAGGCUACCAAGUUGGAUACCCAUGUUGUCGUUCGUAGUGCAAAAGCUAUCAGAAAGAUUAGGUUUCCACCUUUAACAGCUGCUAUACCUCCAAUGAUGAAAUCUUAG